AUGGCUCUGGAUCCUAAUUGUCGGCCUACAAGAAUCGCUACGGCACACAGAACCCUUCUCGAUGAGCUCCAGAUAAUAUGGGACGAGGUCGGUGAAUCCGAAGACGAGAAGGAUAAAAUGAUGCUUGAGCUGGAGCAGGAGUGCAGAAAUCUGUACCGAAGAAAGAUUGAUGAAGCAGACCAGUACAGAGAUCGAAUAAGGCAAGCAAUUGCAGGCCUUCAAGCAGAGAUCGAAGACAUAUGUUGUUCGAUGGGAGAACCACCAGUCCAUGGAAUUGAGAGUGCUGGAAGCUUGAAGGAGCAGCUGAAUGCCGUAACUCUGAAACUAGAGGAGAUGCAAAUCGAGAAAAAUGCGAGGUUGUUGAAAUUCUUGGAGGUCAUGGAUCAGAUCAGAAAGAUCUUAGCCGAGUUCAGCCCUAUCGAGUGUGACGACUCCAAGUUUUCUGUGGAUGAAUCUGACCUAUCAACUCGGGCACUUCGAGAAUUGGAGAAACAGCUGCAGUCACUUCAGGAGGAGAAGAGCGAGAGGUUGAGACGAGUGAUGGAGCACUCAAAUACUUUGAAGGCAUUUUGUGCCGUCCUCGGUCUCAGUUAUGAAGAAACAACCAGAGAUUUGCAUCACAAUUCACACCAUGAUGAAGGAUACAUGAGCAUAAGUGAUGACUCAGUCGAAAGCCUUGUGUCUGCGAUCGAGCAUCUGCGAAAGGUUAAGCUUGAAAGAAUGCAGAAGCUUCAAGAUCUUGCCAGUGCCAUGUUGGAGUUGUGGAAUCUGAUGGAUGUCCCGAGCGAAGAACAGCAGCAGUUCCAGAGUGUGGCGUGUAAUAUAGCUGCAUCGGAGCAAGAAUUUACAGAACUGAAUUCUCUGUCGCUGGAGUUCAUCGAUCAUGUACGAGCAGAGGUUUUAAGACUGGAACAACUAAAAGCUAGCAGGAUCGAGGAGCUAAUUCUGAAAAAGAAAACCGAACUACACGAAAUCCAUCUGAAAACACAUCUGAUUGCUGAAUCACAAGAACCAGACCUCGAUAUCGAUGAUGAGCUAUUGAUGCAUCUUCGAUGUUAG